AUGGCUUCGAAAGAACAGCUAAAUUUUAACGAGCCUCACGCGCCCAAGGAGAAUGCUAUUGAGGCGUUCAAUUUGCUCCUCCCGACGAUCAAGAACGAGAUCUUGAAAUCGCGUCGGCAUUGGGACAAGCAUGAGCCGCGCAUGUGGGCGCGCGCGUCCGGUCUCUCCGACGCGGAGUUGACAUCGUUCACCAUCGAGAACGAUCUCGUCGAGGUUAGUAGCUCUGCAACGAGCUACGGCACGAUCGUUUUGGGAAAGAUCAGAGUCCUGACUGACGACGAGGGCGAGGGCUUUGUUCACGUCAGAAUCCACGAUCCCCCAAACCGAGGAAGCGAAGAUGUGAUCUUCCACUCACUGUUCACGGACGAGAUCAGAGAAGAGGUCGGGGGAUCUCCUAUAGGAUACCAAGCCAUCCAAACCCGCGACAAACCACUGGAAUUCUUCAAUGAAUGA